AUGGCUCCAACUCUGCUAGAUAUGGCGCAAAUCUUUGGGUUCAGGCCCCAUGGAAGACCUGUGGAUGCAGUAGGAGAUUACCAUAGAAGAAAGAACCAGGAGAGACUAGCUAAGCCUUUCACUAUCUCUCCAGCUCUUAUCAACCAGAACUGCUCCUUCUCCAACUACCUGAGGAAGUUCAGUGCUGAGAAGGACAAGGACCAGCAACACAUGUUAUUCCUUCUGUACUGGCUGAAUAUGUUCAUUCUCCCCAAUCGGUCUUCAGCAAUUCUGCUUGAAUACAAACAUUUGGCAGAAGCAUUGCACAACCAUACGGAUGUAGGGCUUGGCCCUACAGUUCUGGCCCAUCUUUUCAAGAAUCUGCAUACUACUACUUUGGAGAAUCCUCUGAACCUAUCUGCUCCCGGCGCAUUCUGGAUGAUCCAGAUUUGGCUACAGGUUUAUUUCACGGAACUGAGGUUUCCGGACAUCGUUCUGCCUGAAGAUCAGGUCAUGGCAGCUCCCUUGAUGUCAGCAGAGGUGCCAAAGCGAUCGAUCGAGGAGUAUCUGAUGUUUUUCAUGCACUGUACUAAAAGGUCUGCAGCUCAGUGGCAGGUGGUGAUUAGAAGAACAUAUCCCAAGUUCCAGGCUGGAUACAGACUAUUUGAGAAGGAGCCAGAAGAGGAGGCAGCCAGAACAGACUUUAGGAAGAAAUUCCUAAGUGUCACUUUGCCGAGAGAUCUGCCUCAUGGAGGAGGAAAGCCUCCAAAUUAUCAUUGGGGGCAGAAGUCUACCAUCCCAACUUCUGUGCAAGGCAACUUGGCUGCCCUCAGCUCAUUCCACUCAAAUCUUAUAGAAGUUGCAAUCGGGGCAAUUCUUGGAGAGAUGCAAAUGACCUAG